AUGGUCCGCCUCAAGAGCCGCUACCUACUCAUGGACAUUCUGUAUCCAGAUCCAUCAACCUGGCCGGCAACCCUGAGCUCCGCCCCUCACAACCCCUCCCUGGCAAUCCAUUCCCCAACCUCCGACGCACUCACAGCAGGAUUCCUCGCGAAGAUGAUCCGCGAAUCCGUUGCAGAGCUAUACGGCGAUUGGGGAAUCGGAAAGCUGGGAGGUGCCUCAGCAGCUGGCAUUCAAGUGAAAUAUCUCUCCCCGGCAACGUCAACGGCGAUAGUGCGGUGCCCCCGCGCUGCAUUCCGUCUAGUCUGGUCUGCUAUCACAUACAUGUCCGGCGUCCCGGAACCGUCUUCGAAUCCGCAAAAGCGUGGCACAGGUCGAGAACGUGGGUGCGUCUUCCGCGUGAUUCGCGUGUCGGGGACUAUGCGCAAGGCGGAGGAGGAGGCCAUCCGCCGAGCUAGGGCAGAGAUUGUACGUGUUAAAGAUGCAGAGGAACGGGGUGUUCUGGGGGAUUUGAUCGAAGGGAUCUCCGGAGCGAAGGGGUCUGCCGUUGUUGAUUCUGUGAUGGAUGAAAGUGAGGAUGAAGCCAUGCUUGAUGACGAGUAG